CACCAGGGGCGGAGUCUGGCAGGUGAGGGGCUCGCCGCGGAGAUCGCUGACGCGGCCCGGGCUGCGGUGUGGUCGCUGGUUGCCAGACCAUGCUGAGCGGAGCGCGCGCCUGGCUCCUCGCCUUAUCGCUGCGGGGUACAUGCACGCUGCCGUCCGCGGUCGCCCGUAGGUGCCUUCACGCGUCGGGGUCGUGGCGGUCCGCAGACAAGAGCGAGAAGACGGGGAACGCGCCCCGCGUCUUCGACCCGGCCCUGCUCGAGUUCCUGGUGUGCCCACUCUCCAAGAAGCCGCUCAGAUUUGAAGCAUCGACAAAUGAAUUGAUCAAUGAAGAAUUGGGAAUAGCCUAUCCAAUUAUUGAUGGGAUUCCUAAUAUGAUACCACAGGCAGCUAGGAUGACACAUCAAAAUAAGAAGCAAGAAGAAAUGGAGCAGCACUAGAUGAUAAUUAAAAACAA